CAUCGCCACUGCCAAGCGGGGAUGCAAAACGGCUGACCGGUGAAUUUUGGUCCCCGCUGUCGUACCCACCUCCUACGCAGCAGCUCAGAUUUCUGUCUUUCAUGUGGAAUCCUCGCAAUAUGCUCUGAGAAGCAAGUGUUUUUUGUUGGGUAGCUCUGUUUACAGCUUGGCGCAAGAAGCUAUAAAUCUUGCCUCGCCAUAAAUGACAAAAACCAUUGGUAUGCGUAAGAGGCCACCCUGAACUGAAAGUACGUGUGUAUGUUUGUGCGUGCAUGUAUAAAUCUCUUCUUUCCCCCGUUCUGCUUUGUUUGGGGUUUAAGGUGACAGUGCAAUUUAAAGAAGCUUCUUUGUAUUUUCCACACCUUUAGUAACGAAGGCCUGUCAAAAUCGCACUUAGCUCUUAUUCCAGCGCCAACUGGCUGAUUUUCUGAGGCAGUUUAAAACCUCCCGGGUUUUGUUGUUUUUAUUUUUUUGUCUGUUUUGGUCUCUUUAUACCCCACCCCCACCCUUCCACGCGAAUGGGGGGGGGUGAGGAAAGUUAUUUAAAACUACCCUUCUUACUGAUGUUAUUUUAAACGUCAGACUACUUGAACAAGAGAAUGGCUGGAAAGUACAGAAAGGGAAGGAGGAGGGGGAAUAGAAGUGGAAAAAAGAAAGGUGAAAAGAACGAGAGAGAAAGAGAAGCGGAGAAAGAGAAAGAAGAAAAAGGAAAACCAAAGUUACCAAACAGCAGUGCUGACCGGCAUGCAUACCUUAUGCCGUCUACAAGGAGAGGCCAUUGGAGGAGAAACGUCAUGUGACAGAGUGGUGCCAAUGUUAUUCUUUAAGGGUGUCAAGACCCUGUCAGUUUAUGAAAUAAAUAUUGGGAAACAACGAAAUGCAAAAAGCGACCUACUACGACAGCUCUGCGAUCUAUGGAGGCUAUCCCUACCAAGGAGCAAAUGGUUUCGCUUACAAUGCUAGUCAGCAGCAAUAUCCUCCACCUUCUGCUUCUGGGCUGGUGGAAACUGAGUACCAUCGACCUGCAUGUUCUUUGCAGUCUCCCGCCGGCACCAACAGCACUGUGUCCCAUCACAAGGCCAAUGAAAUCAGCGAGAGUUGUAUGAGGACCAUCCCCAGCCAGUCUCUCCAGCCCCCAACCCUACCAGAACAGCCCCAGCAACAGCCUCCGACCCAGCAGGCACCACCACUGCCCCCUCCUCCUCCCCCCUCCGUGUCGCCACCUCAAAAUGCCACUGCCAACAGCACCCCUUCCAAUGCCACAAAGAGCUCCAUCCUGAACUCACCUACCAUGUCCAAACAAAUCUUUCCCUGGAUGAAAGAAUCUCGGCAAAACACCAAGCAGAAAAACAGCAGCUCCAGUUCAGGUGAGAGUUGUGCUGGUGAUAAAAGCCCCCCAGGGCAAGCUUCUUCUAAAAGAGCUCGCACAGCUUACACCAGUGCCCAGCUGGUAGAACUGGAAAAGGAGUUCCACUUCAAUAGAUACCUUUGCAGGCCAAGAAGGGUAGAGAUGGCUAACCUCCUAAAUCUCACUGAAAGACAAAUCAAAAUAUGGUUUCAGAAUCGCAGGAUGAAAUACAAAAAGGAUCAGAAGGGCAAAGGCAUGAUGACCUCUUCCGGAGGACAAUCCCCAAGCAGAAGUCCUGUCCCUCCAGCUGCUGGAGGCUACCUGAAUUCUAUGCAUUCCCUCGUCAACAGUGUUCCAUAUGAGCCCCAGUCACCGCCAUCUUUCAGCAAGACCCAUCCGAAUACCUAUAGCAUCACUACAUCCUAUCCGGCUCCUAUCAAUAACUGCCCUCCUCCUCAAAAGAGAUUUGUUUUUUUGUCCAAGGUGGUCUCAGUCUCUCGUCUUGUCCACGGCUGUUCUCUUCAAAGUGGUGGACUCUGCUCCAAGCUAGCGAGCUGGGGGAGAAACAAAGGCUGUUUCUGGAGGAGCCUCUUCCUCGAAAGAAGAAGCUCAGGUGCUUCAACAUUUCUCUGGAGGCCGCAGGCUGCCCGGCUGCAGGCUGUUUUCCCCUGUUGGCUGGGGAGGCUCUCGAUUUCUUCUCGCCUCCGCGCGAGGGGAAACGAUCGGAGGUUGUUUUACCCGCACGCUUUGCCCCACGGGACAAAAUGGACAAUCGAGAAACGGUGGUGGGCAAGUCUCGUUGUUUUCCUAAAGAGAACGAAACUGAAUUAAGAGUCCGUGGACUUAAAAAGAGCGUGUGGGCUCAUGUUUGGUAUGGCAUGGAUUCAAAGCACAUUUGUUUACAGGCAUAUACAAUUUAUCAUCCCAGUAAUGAAGAAACGGAUUCCGCAACAAUAAAUCUGUUCGCGAAGCGACGUGGUCAGCUUUGAAAGAGCUAAACCUUAUAGUUUCCCCCCACCAACUAGGCUGCUUCCCCUCUCUGGCUACAGGAAUUGCGGAAUUGUUAUCAUUCCCGCACAUCUUGUUAAUCUAAUUUCCUUUCACAUCCCAAUCUUUCUCAUUCUUUCUAGAAGGGGUUAGGGGGAGGGGGAGAAUAGAAAAAAUCAUUUAUAUAAUAUAGGUGAAUGUAUAGAACCCCUCCCACUCAUAAAUACAUACGCAUACACAAUUUCUAAACAAGCUUUUGAUGCAGCCCUACCAGAUCCUUUCUGUCCCUCAAAUACAUCUGUGCUAACAAACAUGGAGAAUCCAUAGAUGGAACCAUUCCCCCCACCUUUAUUUCCAAACAUAGAAAACAUGUAAUUUUAACACGGGGUUUAUUGCCUGUCUUGAAUUUGUUUAGGAAGACCUCAGUAUGUAUAUGUAUAUGUAUAUGUAUAUGGGGGAUAUGCCACCGUAUGAUCUGGUUAUUUUGUUUAAUCUCAAUAAAUUUGCCAUCGUAUUGGUUUCCCUUUCUAAAAUAUUAUAUCGUUUUUUCACUAAAUAAAAUAUCUCUGGUAUUUUUCUUCUUUUCUCUCCUCUGUAUCUGAAAAGCUUCCAGGGGCCCAGUGAUUGUGCAAUAUAAUAAAUUCCUCGUUCUAAUUUUGCAUUCUAUAUUUACUGCAUUUUAUCUUCGCUGAACCAUUUUCCUCUAUACUUAACAGCUGUAUGGCUGCAGGCUGAAUAGGAAAUAAUCAAAUCUAUUGAAAAAGCAAAACUAUUUAAAAUAUAAUUAUUAGAGUGGAGGAAUCAGUUUGAAACUUCUAUCUUUUGGGAAAAGAUUAAAUAGAAAGGGACUGUAAGUGUUAAACCUCCGCCCCACUUUCAAAAUUAAUUGAAGAAAAAUGCAUUACAUGAAUUUAUGGCGUUGAGGGGGAGGGGGAGAAAAAGAGAGAAAACUCUGCUAUGAGGACAGAAAAACUGACCCUUAAGAAGGUAUAUAAGACAAAGGAAGUGGGUUACCACCCCCAUCCCCUUGUUCCAAUCUGAUUUCAAAGACAUUUAUUUAUUCCUUCUCUUCAUCUUGCAUAUAGUUUAUCUGCACGAAGAAAAUGUGUGUUUUUACAGAAAAUACAGAAGUAAGAAAAUAAAAAAAAAUGCUACUUUAAAAAAGACAACCGAGAAGAAAAGCUCUUUGUUCUGGGUAGUUUUUCUAUUAGAUUGCCUACUGGAAAAGAAAAGAAAACCCACAAUCCAGCCUACAGAAAAUAAAAACAAAAAUCUUCCCAAUAUCCCUUCCCACACCAAUUUAACUCACAAAGCCUCAGUGAACCGAAUUGCCCCAGCCGCCUCCCUUGCUCGCCUUACCUCCUUUAUGGGGUUCUUUUAGGUAUAACAUACAGAAGAUGGGGCGCACACAGGCGCGCGCGCGCAGACACACACACACACACACACACACACACACACACACACACACCAGCAACGCCUUGUUAUUACCAUCAAUAUUCCAAAAAUAAAUAAUGAAAUAAAAUCCUUAGGCCUGUGGCUGUCUUCCAGGCGAGUUAAGCUGAAGUUUCUACCCUUCACUGAGAGGGUAGAGUAAGGUGGGAUCCGUUUGGAAAAAUAUGCAGCAGCAUCUCUCUUGCUUAUUUACUAGAGUUUCUUCCUCCCCCUCAACAACCUUUCUUCUUUUUUGCUCAGUCACAUUUCAUCUAGGAAAGGGCACGAAGCUCGAAAUGUGUUCUUAAGGGCCAGAAGCUGUCAAGGCAUUUUGGCCGAGAAGAUUGAUCACGCCUAGAUUUCAGCAGAGCUUUGUUUGAAGUAAAGCAAGUUUUUUUUAAAAAAAAAAUC